UUAAACAAGCAGAAGAUCCUGAAACCUGGACCCUGUGUAGGCAGCAACGUCAAGAGGCGGCGGAGGAGGAGGCAGAGCGCGGAAUGGGCGCUGAGGGGGAUCUGUGAUCCCCCGCACCCCCGUCCCCCCUCCCGCGCGCGCUCACACACAUACAUACACACACUGGCAUACUCGCCACACACUCGCACAAACACACACUCGUGCACGCCCGCGCCGCGCGCUCGCCGACUCUCUCUCCCACGCAGGCGGAAUGCAGCAGCUCCCGGGGAGAGUGUCUCCAGCAGCUGCCUGAAUGCACUUCGCUGCCGGGAGCGGGACGGCCCAGUAGGGCGCACCGGAGGACGCUCCGCCACUGGAGUCUGGACAGUUCUAGACGGUGCAGUCUUGCUACAUGGUCUGAGAAAUGGCUGUAGGAAACAACACUCAACGAAGUUAUUCCAUCAUCCCAUGUUUUAUAUUUGUUGAGCUUGUCAUCAUGGCUGGGACAGUGCUGCUUGCCUACUACUUCGAAUGCACUGACACUUUUCAGGUGCAUAUUCAAGGAUUCUUCUGUCAGGAUGGAGACUUAAUGAAGCCUUACCCAGGGACAGAGGAAGAGAGCUUCAUCACCCCUCUGGUGCUCUAUUGCGUGCUGGCUGCCACCCCAACUGUGAUUAUUUUUAUUGGUGAGAUAUCCAUGUAUUUCAUAAAGUCAACAAGGGAAUCCCUGAUUGCCCAGGAGAAAACAAUUUUGACUGGAGAAUGCUGUUACCUGAACCCCUUAGUCCGAAGGAUCAUCAGAUUCAUAGGUGUGUUUGCAUUUGGACUUUUUGCUACGGACAUUUUUGUAAACGCCGGACAAGUGGUCACUGGGCACCUCACACCAUACUUCCUGACAGUGUGUAAGCCGAACUACACCAGUACAGACUGCGGGGUGCACCACCAGUUCAUAAACAAUGGGAACAUUUGUACGGGGGACCUGGAAGUAAUAGAAAAGGCUCGGAGAUCCUUUCCCUCCAAACAUGCUGCUCUGAGCAUUUACUCCGCCUUAUAUGCCACGAUGUACAUCACAAGCACAAUCAAGACGAAGAGCAGUCGACUGGCCAAGCCAGUGCUAUGCCUCGGGACCCUCUGCACAGCUUUCCUGACCGGCCUCAACCGGGUCUCGGAGUACCGGAACCACUGCUCAGACGUGAUCGCAGGCUUCAUCCUGGGCACCGCGGUGGCCCUGUUUCUGGGAAUGUGUGUGGUCCAUAACUUUAAAGGAACACAAGGAUCUCCUUCCAAACCCAAACCUGAAGAUCCCCGUGGAGUACCCCUAAUGGCUUUCCCAAGGAUAGAAAGCCCUUUGGAAACCUUAAGCGCACAGAAUCACUCCGCCUCCAUGACUGAAGUUACUUGAGCUGACUGAUGCGACGCCAUCUGUUUUUUUUUUUUUUUUAAACACCUUCCAAUUCAAUACUUCAAAACACACAGUUACUGAAGGUCAAACUGUGAAGACAAGUAUUAUGUUUAUCUAGUUAGAGGCUAAUGUUUUGUACAUUUUUUUGUAUGAAGAAGUGAUGUAGCUUGCCCUGAUCUUUUUUUUUUUUCAGCUUUAAUAUAUUUAUGCCAGAAUUUUAAAACCAACAAAAUUUUCUUCUUGUUCAAGUGUGCAUUGAAGCAUCACAUUUAUUCAAUGGUUGAUGUUGUUUUGUGAUAUUUGUACACAAACCUUCUUUUCUCAGUUUUAUAGACACAAAAUUAAUAUAACAAUUCACUUUAACCUUUUAUUACCACAGUUGCUGCCUCCUUCAGAAUUUUUGAAUUUAAAAUGGAAGUUAAACUUUUGAGUUGCAGGAAGGACGAUGUUGGUUAAUGAUAAAUCUGAAUCGACUGGGGAAAGAAAAUCUUCAAAGAGAACGUUUUGUUCUGAUCUGUUAAGUUAUUGCAUCAAAGGGUAGAGUAAUAUAUUAAUGAAGUAGCCUUGUUACACUAACAAUUGGCAGAAAAUCUUAGAUUUGGUGGGUGUUGGGUUAUGAUUAUUUCUUAGAUAAUGGCCUUGCCCACCAAGAAACUGGAAUGAUAUCUUUGGACAGGCAGGCAACAAUGCAGCUUUCUCUCCAAAAAGCAGCCAGCACUGGCCUCCCCUGUCAACUCAAUGGUUUUGUAUAUCAUAUUGUAUGGACUUUAUAUGAAAAUGAAUAUUUUACAGUUUGCACAGUGUUAUUUUACAGAAAGGAUAUCAGAGCAUCUACAACAUAGAGCCCCAAAGCAACAGCUUCACUUUGGGCUUUUUAACUGUUCUAGGAUUUUAACUGCAUCCCAGUUUUCUAGCAUGGUGAUAACUAAUGUGUCCCUCCUUUGAGAGAAGGAGCUCCUUGUCUGUACUUAUCAGAAUGUUUUCUUGACACUUCCAUGUUGGCUCUUAUUAGCAUUUUUUGUACAUAUUUUUUUUCUAAAGAGAAGAAAAAAAAAGUUAUCACAAAAUGUA